AUAAAGUAUUCGUUUAUGGAAAAACGUCCAGCGCACAACACGUGGCAGUCAGUGGAACAAAGCACGGCAUCCUACAGGGAACACAGCGGGUGGGAUUGUCACGACGAUGUGCAUGCAGGUCGUGAGAGUGAGUCGUGCCAUGGAGGGAAGGCUGUCUGUGCUGUUGACACUCUGGAUAAAUAUUUAAUCGCGGUUCAGCACAGAAACAGGAUCCUAAAGCGCCUUAAGGUAAAAACCCCCAAGGAAAUUGAGUUGGAACAGCUGGAGCAAGGCUUUUCCAUUUAUCUUAACGGAGCCAAUGCAGGAGUCUGUAGGAAGCAGGCCAGUACCACCAGCGACAAGCCUUCUAUCUCACCUGCUUCAAAGCCUAACCAUAGAGCUGAUGCCUCUCGAAGCGCCCACCAGCUAGCUGAAGAUAGCUGUAAUCUGAAGCAGACACAGAAGCAGAGGAGCCACACAGCACCAGAAAAAGUCCAGAGGAAAGGAUGGAUGCAGCAGAAUUCUGUCAAAAUUCGAAUGGAAGAUGGAUCGAGCUUGACAGCCUCUCCCGAAAAGCACUACCCUGAUGAUUUUGAACUUUAUGAUAGCACAGACAUGGAGAGUUCCAGUCCACACUCACACCGUAGUCCCUGCUCCACGAGAGACAUGUACAAGAAGUCACGUUCCUUUAGUUCCAGGCCUGAGAGCCAAGGAGGCCAGGCAAAUCAAGAGCACAGUGAGAAAGUACUUCUCAACCUUGAGGAAGUAAAGGUUUUGCGACAGAGCCUAGAGGUUAGCAUGCGGCGCAGUGACCGUGGCUCGGCAGGAGAGGAGUCCGAUGAAGAGUGGGUGGAGGAGCAUAUCGAGCGGGAUGAAAGCAUUGAGAGUCUGGAUGAGCUGGGGCUGCCUGUACCCUCCUCCAAGCCCUCAUCUAGCCCGCGUCCCAGCAGCGUCCAUAGCUGUAUAGCGUCAUCAAACCUCAUCGUCCUUGACUUUGGACCCUCACCUAAAGGUCGUAAGAUUGAACGUUCUCUGUCUGCAAAAAGGAAGGAGAGUGUUGACACCUACAUACCCACCAAACCUUUGUUGGUGAAAAGCAAAACGUUAGACGCGCCUCCUUCAAAAGACAGCUGGGAUGGCCAGAGACCAAGGAGUCAAAUGGAGAGGCCUCUGUCUACAGCCAGAAAGGUGUCCUUUGAGGAACGGGAUCCAGAGGAGGUAGUGUUGAAGGUACGACAGGCCAUCCAGAGAGAAAACGACUCUGGCAGGGGACACCAGAUGGUUAAUGUCUUGGUGCACAGCAACAGCCAUGACAAGGAGGAAAGCAAUGUCUCUUUGGCCAUGCAGAAAAUCACCCUCAUGGAUACCAGGCACCAAGAGAAACUUCUGAAUGCUUUGGAGAAACUUGACCCUAGAUGCACCUACUCCAUUACUGAGGGUGUCAAAGACUACUACAGCAAACUGCCAAUAAUUGAGUCCUCCACAGAGCUGACCCUGUCUUUGUAUGUUACCAUGGAGAUCCUGUCAAACUGGGGGAAUGCUCUCCAGGUCGGGCUGACCGAGGUGCAGUUUUUCUCCCUCAGAAACGAGAAGUUCUACGUGUCACCGCAUGACCUAGACAUCAGGAAUGCCAUCUACCCUGGGAAUCUGGAGGCGCUCGUCAAUGGAAUGGCAAAGACUACAAAGGAGCGUCACAUGUGGACAUGUCCAUUCCACCCUCCUGUCCAGCUCUACUUUGUCAUCAGGAACACGGAGCGCUCUUCAGAAUUCGGAAUAUCCCGCAUCAAAAUCUGGAACUACAACAGAAGCCUCAAUGAGCUUGACGUUGGUGUACGGCACAUAAAGCUGUACCUUAACAGCACAUUGGUGUUUGAAGGUGAGCUGGAGAAGGGUUGUGGCAACCAGGUCUCUGACUACAACACAACCAUUGACCUUCAGCCUUUACAAUACUCAGACUCAUGCUUCUCCAGCAAUUUGCAAGGUUUUAGCCCUCAGCACCACAAUGACAGGAAGGGUGGGAAUGGGAGCAGCAGCACCAACCAACACCAUACUUUAACCCUGCAACCAUCAGAGGCAGCAGGUCAGGCCAUGAUAAAUGCGCAGGACAAAUCACACACAGCGCUGUCAUCCGUCAGUCCAUCACCGGUGGAGCGUUCUUCCUCUAGUCAUCACCUAUCCUCCCAGAGAGCCUCUUUUGACCUCCCUCCCUCAGAAGAACCCAUCCAUCUCAAGCAACAGUUGCAGCAGCCAACAGCCAUGGAGCAAACAGUCACCACCCAGCCGUCCUCCGCCCGGGUGACCCCUCAGUGGCUGCAGCCUUUGAAUAGAGAAGCUCCUGAAGGCUGUGAGUCCAGCAGGGAGAUGCCAAGGUGGCUGGUGCCUCAGUACUCGGCAGAACCCAAAAUAUCUUCAGCAUCAUCCUCUUCAGUGCUGCCAGAGCUGCCCUGUAACCCAGGACGGGUGUGUAGAGGCACAGACAGGACAGAGAAUGGGGGUCAACGGAAAUCUGACACACUGGACAGGAGCUGCGACUUGCUGCAGGAGCUUGAUGAGCAAAAGCCAGACAGGCCCAUCAGUGGACGAAGGAGCUCUUACAGAAACAUUGCAGUAAGCAGCAGGCAGGCGGAGGAGCAACACAUGAGAAAAACCUUACUCACAAAAACAGAGGAGCCAGCAUUGUUAGUCAACACCAACAGGCGACAGGGCUCUGCUCGGGCUCAGCUGCACAGCCAACAGGAUGACACCCUCAUGGAGUCCUGGGACUCUCUCAUAAAGUUCAAUCAAUGCCAGCGUGGACGCAUUUCCAACAUGAGCUUUGACGGAGACAUCUUCGAUGAGUUCCUCCAGCGCCACUGUCGCAGCACUUCCACAAUUCAGGUCAACACCUCCGCAGAGCUCAGCAGUCCAGUUUCCUCCCUGACCUGUCAGCUGCCAUGCCUCGAUGAUGAUCCAUCCAUGGAGAGGGAGGAGGAGUUUGAAAUCCCAGUACUGCCGCAGGGCCAGAGGCUGGUAAUUACCAUUUUCUCACCGGGGUGUCGCCACUACGUGGGCCUCAAUGGCUUGGAAGUGUUUAGUUCAAGCGGCGAACCCCUCCGACCUGCCCAUAUUCAUGCUGACCCGCCGGACAUCAACAUUCUCCCAGCCUAUGGGAAGGAUCCACGCGUUGUCACCAACUUGAUUGACAGUGUCAACCGCACUCAGGAUGACAUGCACCUUUGGUUAGCUCCAUUCACCCCUGGUCGCCUCCACACCAUUGAUGUAGAUUUUGGAGUUCCCGUUCAAGUAGCCAUGAUUCGUAUAUGGAACUACAAUAAGUCACGCAUCCACUCUUUCCGAGGGGUGAAGGAUGUGGAAAUGCUGCUAGAUGGGAGGUGCGUGUUUCGCGGUGAGAUUGCCAAAGCUUCAGGGACCUUAUCUGGAGGGCUGGAUCAAUUUGGAGACACCAUCCUCUUCACCACUGACGAUGAUAUUCUGGAGGCUAUGUCCCGUUUUGAUGAAACCUUUACAAGUGUGGAUGAGGGUCCAGAGAGCCUCAUGUAUGAGGAGGAGCUACAGAGGCCACAGACUGCAGAUGGCGAGGGAGAGGAACGACCUUUCACACAGGCCGGUUUCCGAGAAGAUGACCUCACUUUGAAACAUCACCUCAACCUCAGUGUGAGCCAAACUGAGGAGAGCAUGGAUCCGGUUCCUGGGAUGUACAGUGGAAAGUGCCUUAGAAUAGAGCUGGUGUUGACAUGGGGAGACCAACACUACUUGGGCCUGACAGGGGUCGAGCUUGUGGGGAAGGAUGGAAACAGUUUACCUGUGGACAUCAGCAUGAUGGCGGCCUCGCCCAGAGACCUCAACGACCUGCCUGAGUACGGGCACGACGUGCGCACACUAGACAAACUUACAGACGGCCACAAUAUAACUACUGAUGACCAGCACAUGUGGCUGAUCCCUUUCUCCUAUGGAGAGCCCCACAUCUUGACCUUUACCUUCAACAAGGUCCAGACCAUCGCUGGACUCCGUGUCUGGAACUACAACAAGUCCCCCGAGGACUCUUACAGAGGGGUGAAGGUGAUCCAUGUUUUCAUGGACGAUGUUGCCAUCUCCCCAACUGAAGGUUUCCUCAUCAGAAAAGGACCAGGAAACUGCCACUUUGACUUUGCCCAGGAGAUCCUCUUUGUAGACUACCUUCAGACACCCACAGACAAUAAACCUGCCAACAAAUACUCCAACAAAGGAAGCACUAAGAGACAAGAACAAGCUAGCAUGGACUAUGAGGCUCCCAUAAUGCCUUGUGGGUUCACAUUCCAGCUGCAGCUUUUAACAACUUGGGGGGACCCGUACUACAUCGGCCUCAACGGCCUUGAGCUUUACAACCAGAACCACGAGAAGAUCAGUCUCAAUGACAACAACAUUGCUGCUUUUCCAGACAGCGUCAACGUCCUGGACAAUGUGAGCGGUGAUGUGAGGACUCCAGAUAAAUUAAUAGAUGGUGUCAACAGCACCUACAAUGGACGGCACAUGUGGUUAGCCCCGGUGCUCCCUGGACUGGUCAACCGUGUGUACGUCAUCUUUGAUCAGCCGGUGACCGUGUCGAUGAUUAAGCUGUGGAAUUACUCCAAGACGCCGCAGAGAGGCGUUAAAGAGUUUGGUUUACUCGUGGAUGGCCUCCUGGUAUAUAACGGCAUCUUGGACUGUGUGGUUAAAGUGGCACGUGGAAUUCUGCCUACGUGUGAGCCGGUGGUGCCCUACCACACCAUCUUCUUCACAGACAAUGCCUACGUUACACACCGCGAGAGGAACACUGUCAUCAGUAAUUUUGUGGAGGAUCAGGAUGUGAAGAUGACCAAUGAGAAUCAGAUAGUCCAUCAUAACAAGAAGAAACAGACAGCAGAUCCAGCUCUCCGGCCUAAAACCUGCAUGACGGACAGUGGAAAACACGGGAAACGAAGGUACUGACUGAAGGGCAGACGCAGAUUCACUGUUUAGAGUGACGCGCCUUCAUAACCGUUCACGUACGAAGCUCGGCCUCAAAGUCUGGUUUUCAUCCCUGCAGUACUGAUGCUGUAGGGUGGCGUGGAUUUUAACGAAACAAAAACACCGUGGCAACAUUUUGUACAAGAACCAUUAUGAUGGCGUGUCCCUUUGAGCAAAGACCCUGAAGGGUCUGGAGGUGUACUCUGCUGACGAGCGAUGCACGAGCGCUGAGCCUCCCUCCACGGUCCACACUGGAGAGGACACAGAACAGUGUAUACACACACACACACACACAGGAUUUCACUCUGCAGCUGGAUCGCUGCGUCCUUUGGCCGUUAACGACGCCCAGGUUUACAUAUUAUUUUGAUGACGUGCAGUCAGCUCGUCCUCCCUCCACCAGUGCCACGGUAAACCUACGAGGCUGCAGUCCCUCAGCCUUUUAUUGUGCCUCCUUCUAAACUCUGACCUGCGGCUGCUGCUUGUAAAUCCUGUGCUACAUAUUCCAGUGCUGCUUGUGCCAUGGAAGUUUACUCCAAAACAGCCGUGUUUCAUACCGAGUUUUAUCCACGGCUGAGCCUAGUCCAUCACUUUUUUGUCUAAAGAGUGUGUUCACUGACACACAGCCGGCAGUGUGCACCAGUCCACCAGAAUGCUAUGCAGACACUAAUUUACAUGUACUCUUUUUGUUGGCUAAUAUAUUCCAAAGCCUGAUGAAACACUUGCAGCUAAGUGUACACUUGUAAGUGAAUGAAAUAAGAUGUUUUUUUAAAGACUGAAGAUGUAAAAGUCAGUACCUAAUGAGCUCUACGUGAAUGGUUUUUGUGCAUUUGGCUCAAAAUUGAACUUUGUUGCUCGGCACCAAGUCGAGGAUAAAAAAAAAAAAAAACUUUGUUUGCUAUAUCCAAGUGACCUUUAUUGAAUUUUCUGUAGAGGAUAUAGAUUUUUGGAAGGCAAACAUUUCAUAAGCCCUUGAGGCAGUUUUAAUCAUCUGGAUGAAAAAAAAAAAGUAAAUCUACAUUUGCCAUUUUAAAAGCUUGUGUAGGUAACAGGUGACUUCAAAUAUGCAAAGACUAUCUACUUACCUCAGAUUUAAAGGGACAGAUCUGCUUCUACUGUCACUAUAGCUUCGUUUACCAUCCAGUCGAUAUUUUCUGUGCCGUUGUUGUUGCAUGGGCAAAGUGUCUCGGGAACUGGAUGUGGUUCAAAUGUGAGACGUUUGUGUUUGUAGGAUAUUUACUGCUGUGUUGAGCCCCAGUAUAAACUCUUCUCAUACUUCUGACAUGUACCACGAGUAAUCUUAUUGUUAUAUGAAAUGCAGGUGUUUUUUUUGUUUUUUUUUUGUAUUUAUUUUCAAAAUGCUCAACAGCAAGUUGAGCCAACUCUCUGUAUCUCAGUUUGGCUCAAAGGCUGCUGGGUAUUACCCUUGUCAAUUUUUUUUGGUUUUAAAUAAUUCAAUUAUUUUUCUAAUCUGGAUUAAAUGUGUAUAUUUGAUGUAGGUUCAUUUGAAUUACUAAAAUAAAAAAAGCUUUUUUCUUCUUCUUAA